AUGCCAACACGAAGGCUAGAAUGUAGCAUUCAACAUAAUCACCAAAACAGUGAUAUUUCCUCCAAAACACCCACUAUAUAUCCUGCAUUUUUAUCUCAAAUUGCAGACGAAUUGAAGCGACGAAUUACUUUGUCUGAUAAUGUCAAGGAUGAUAUUGAAUACAAAAACUCUUUUAAUGGAAAAGAGAUUGUGGAUAAAUUGAAAGCGAUUAUCAAAACCUCAGAUAAAGACCUAGCAAUAAGAAUCGGUAGAUCGUUAAGCGCACAGCGUUUCUUUCAUGAUGUCAGCUAUGAAUGCCAAUUAGUUUAUUCUACCGCUUAUCUAUACGAGUUUACCAACUUUGUGUCUUAUAUUACGGAUCUACGGCAGCCACGACAUGAGAUUGGUUUACCAAACGGAAUUGUCACUGAAUUGACCCGUUGCUACUCACCGACUUGCUUUGACAUGAAACCUUGCUACAGUCCUAUCUGUCCAAAGCGGUUAUUGAAGGUCUGUGAUGCUCGCAAAGAUAUAUCUUCUGUAUCUAACUUGCUUGCCUUUGAAGUUCCGAUAGGUACAGUACCACGACAACUUUCAACGGCUCAGCAUAGUUACUGGAAGGAAAGUAUCGAUAAAACGCUUUACGAGUCUAUCCCGAAAAUAGAAAGACAAAGACAGGAGAAUAUUCAUGAGCUGAUUUACACAGAAGAAGAUUAUGUUCAAAGCCUUAACUAUUUACGAGAAAUGUGGAUCAAGCCUUUAUCUGAACAAAUGGUCAUACCAAUGUCUAGACGAGCACCUUUUAUUCAAAAAGUAUUUGGUGGUCUAAAUGAAAUACACAAUGUCAACCUUCAACUUUUGAAUGCUCUACAGAUACGACAGAGUCAGCAUGCCAUUAUUCCUCAAAUAGGCGAUAUUUUAUUAGACUUUGUGGUUAAUUUUGAACCUUACAUUAGUUAUGGAACAAAGCAAUACGAAGCCAAAUUUGUGUUGGAAAACGAGAGAUAUAUCAACCCCCACUUUAAUGCUUUUGUUGAGCGAGUGGAGAGACAUUCAACUUCAAAGAAGCUUGAAAUUAAUGGCUAUUUAACCAAGCCAACAACCAGGCUUGGACGAUAUACUCUGCUCAUAAAUGAAAUACUUAAACAUACACCGCCGGACAAUGUAGACGCUGAAGACUUACCGAAAGCGAUGGCAGUUGUGAAACGAUUCUUGAUCAAAAUCAACGAGGAAACGGGGAAAGCCAAAAAUCGGUUUGACUUGGAAAGAAUUCACCACAGCUUACGAUUCAAAUACAAGGCUGACAUGAUAAACCUUGAUCUUCUCAACAAAAACAGAAUCCUUAUAAAGCAAGCAGUACUACGAAAAUCUGUUCAACCCAACUCCACGGAGUACCAAGUAUUCUUAUUCGACCAUUAUCUUGUCAUUGCAAAAGCAAAGUUUAAUAACGGUGUAGAGACUUAUGUCAUCCAGCAAAGACCAAUUCCUAUAGAGCUUUUAUCAGCCUUCAUAAAAGACGAUGCUGCUAUCACGCAACAUCAUAAAAGAUCGAAUACAUUAACUUUACCUUACAUAAAAACAAACAACUCCAAUACAUCAUUAAUUCCACCACUCAGGGCAGCAACAGAUAUGGAAGUCUAUCGCCGUCAACAGGAAUCAACGACUAAUCAGGACAAUAAUGAUAGUUUACAUGCAUUUCCCAUCACAUUUCAACACCUUGGUCGAGAUACUGCUUUGAGGCAGUGUAUACUUUACGCGCCUUCAUCCGCUGCCAGAAACGCCUGGAUAACGAAGAUCAAACAGCAACAAGAUAAAAAAAAUACACGACGCCCUUUGUUUCGGCUUGCUCCAGCUUUUGUUGAUGGUAAUUUUUCAAUAUAUAAUAGAAUCCAACAUUUUACAACGUUUGGAAAUGGGCAGAAAUACCUAUUGGCUGCAGACGAUGGUGUCUAUGUGGGACAUUGUCAAUCCAAAAAUACAGAUACAACUCCCCAAAAAGUACUUUCGCUCCCUCGAGCUUCGCAGGUACAGGUUAUAGAAAGUACAGAAAGGUUACUAGUAUUAGCAGAUAGGAUGCUAUGGGAAUACCCCUUGACUGUGGUUAACAAUAAGCCUGAAACGCAGUCUGAAGGACGACUCCUUCAAUCCAAUGUACCAUUCUUCCAUGUAGGCACUUGUAUGAGGAAAACUAUGGUAUGUGUUCCCAAAGUUUCUUCUUUGAAAUCUGUUAUCAGCGUUUACGAAGCCAAUUCAAAGCAGCAGCCAUUUAGCGAGACGUAUUUAAAAAAGAUAAAAGAUACUUAUGUGCCGUGUGAAGCAUAUGCGAUUGAGUUGACUCCAACAAUGAUGUUGAUUACUUCUUCAAGAGGGAUGAUCAUGAUAGAUAUGAAAACAGAUCAUCCCCAACAGUUACUCAACCCUAAGGAUGAGAAUUUGGCUUUUAUUUUGGAACGAGAAAGACAAGUAUCUCCUACAAUAAAUUUAAAGCAGCCGAUAAAACGAAUGGCUAUAUUCAAAACCCAACAAAGUCAUUAUAUUCUCUGCUAUGAUGAAUAUGCGUUUUAUAUCAAUAGCAAAGGAGAUCGCUUGUUUAAUCAUUUCUUAAUUGCCUGGGAAGGAUGUCCGGAAGCCUUCGCGUUCGUUUAUCCUUUUGUUUUGGGUUUCGAUCCAAAUUUUAUUGAAGUUCGCAAUGUACAUACAGUCAGUAUCUAUUAA